GUAAAUCGCUCUGUCAAAUAUCUCCCUGACCAAAGAGAGAGAGAGAGACAGAGUUGCCUCCACGUUUGUCCAGACAAGACUCACGCUCUUCCCUUUUCACCACAUUCUCUUUCUUUCUUCUGGUUGCUUUAACUGUUUCUUGCUCCAAUUUCGAAUCUUCCGCGUGAAAGCUCCAAAGUUUGGAACUUUCUACAGUUUUGUUCAUCUGGGUCUGCUCUGUAUUGUGCCUUUAGUUUCAUCUGAGCUUAAAGUUUGAAUCUUUACUUCUGGGUAUUGAAGUUUUUUAGAAAUUAGGUUGCUUUUUUGCUCAGUAGGUUUGACUUGAGGUUGCAGAAGAAUUGGGGAAUUGAAAUCUGAUUUGUGGAAUUAGGGUUUGGUUUGUUUGUUCAUAAAGCUUCAAUCUUUGGAAUUGAAAUGGAUCGAUAACGAAAGUGUUAGUAAGAAAAGUUCACUGCUUUUUUAGAUUCGUUAAAAGAAAUGAGUUUGAUUCCUCCUUUACCGAUUUUAUCACCACCGCCGUCAAAUUCUUCUACCACCGCACCUCCUCCGUUACCGACCACUCCAUCUGCUCCACCUCCGGUCACACCACCUCCUUCUCCGCCGCAAUCUCCUCCACCUGUAGUAUCAUCAUCGCCACCGCCACCAGUUGUAUCAUCACCUCCACCUUCUUCUUCUCCGCCACCGUCACCUCCUAUUGUUACUUCGCCUCCUCCCACCGUUACUUCUUCCCCUCCACCUCCUGUGGUGGUUUCAUCCCCUCCUCCAUCAACUCCGGCGACAACGCCACCAGCUCCUCCGCAAACUGUCUCACCUCCUCCACCUCCUGAUGCUUCUCCCUCACCUCCAGCACCACCAACAACAACAACUCCUCCGCCAAAGCCUUCUCCUUCACCCCCGGGAGAAACAACACCUUCACCACCUAAGCCUUCUCCUUCAACUCCAUCUACAACCACAUCUCCUCCUCCUCCUCCUCCAGCUACCUCUACUUCUCCUCCAGCUUCAAAUCCUACUGAUCCUUCUACUUUAGCUCCUCCUCCAACUCCAUUACCUGUUGUUCCUAGAGAGAAACCAAUUGCUAAACCAACUGGACCAGCUUCAAACAAUGGAAACAACACUUUGCAGACUGGUUCUUCGCGUGGAGUUGGUACUGGUGGUAUUGCAGCUAUUGGAGUGAUUGUGGGAUUGGUUUUCCUUAGCCUUUUUGUGUUGGGUGUGUGGUUCACUCGGAAACGAAAGCGAAAGGACCCUGGAACCUUUGUUGGAUAUACUAUGCCUCCUUCUGCUUAUUCAUCUCCUCAAGGCUCAGAUGUAGUGCUCUUCAACACACAUUCUUCAGCUCCUCCUAAAAUGAGAAGCCAUUCUGGUAGCGAUUACAUGUAUGCGUCGUCUGAUUCAGGCAUGGUUAGCAACCAAAGAUCAUGGUUUUCAUAUGACGAAUUAUCUCAAGUUACAAGUGGGUUCUCCGAUAAGAAUCUUCUCGGUGAGGGAGGGUUCGGCUGUGUAUACAAAGGCGUUCUUGCAGACGGAAGGGAAGUGGCAGUUAAACAGUUGAAGAUUGGUGGAAGUCAAGGAGAGAGAGAGUUCAAAGCAGAAGUUGAAAUCAUUUCUCGGGUUCAUCACCGCCAUUUGGUUACAUUAGUUGGUUAUUGCAUCUCGGAGCAACAUAGGUUGCUUGUAUAUGAUUAUGUACCUAACAACACUCUCCAUUAUCAUCUCCAUGCUCCAGGAAGACCAGUUAUGACUUGGGAAACUCGGGUAAGGGUCGCUGCUGGUGCAGCUCGAGGAAUCGCAUACUUACAUGAAGACUGUCAUCCCCGUAUUAUUCACCGUGACAUUAAAUCAUCCAAUAUACUUUUAGAUAACAGCUUUGAAGCCUUGGUUGCGGAUUUUGGGCUUGCUAAAAUAGCACAAGAACUGGAUUUAAACACACACGUCUCAACACGUGUAAUGGGAACCUUUGGGUACAUGGCUCCUGAAUAUGCAACAAGUGGAAAGCUAUCUGAAAAGGCAGAUGUUUAUUCGUAUGGGGUGAUACUGUUGGAGCUUAUAACUGGCCGCAAACCCGUAGAUACGUCUCAGCCACUUGGUGAUGAGAGCCUUGUUGAAUGGGCAAGACCCUUGUUGAGUCAAGCAAUCGAAAACGAAGAAUUCGACGAGUUAGUAGAUCCGAGGCUAGGGAACAACUUCAUCCCAGGAGAGAUGUUCAGAAUGGUAGAAGCUGCGGCUGCAUGUGUCCGCCACUCAGCUGCAAAAAGACCAAAGAUGAGCCAAGUGGUGAGAGCUUUAGACACACUUGAAGAAGCAACGGACAUAACGAACGGAAUGAGACCAGGACAGAGCCAAGUGUUUGACUCGAGACAACAAUCUGCUCAGAUAAGAAUGUUUCAGAGAAUGGCUUUUGGUAGUCAAGAUUAUAGUUCUGACUUCUUUGAUCGGUCACAGUCACAUAGUAGCUGGGGAAGUCGUGACCAAUCCAGAUUUGUACCUUAAGUAGUUUUUAUUGGUUUUUGCCACUUUCUUCUUUCCCCUUAAAACAUGUCUUGUAUAUUCUUUUGCAUGAUAUAAUGUAAUCUUUUAAAAUAUACAUAACACAUAAAUUUGGUAGUCUAUUGA